CCGCGUCCUAUUCAGACUACUUAGCACCCAUCAUUUCUUCAGCCCAUGACCAAAUCUCCGCGACAGUAUCGAACACUCUACUGGAACUCUUUGCUAGCUCGUUCUUUGUAACGUAACGAUGACUGAGGUCGAAUCCUCCUUGCUGUUCGGCCUCCCCAACGGACUUCUUUCCGGCGAUGGCUCGCUGCACGCGACGAUAGCUCCAGCCAAUGCUGAAUCGCUGGUUUUUACUCCCAACGGACUGCUGAACGUACCAGAAGAUACCCCAACAAUUCUGCUUGACGAGCACAUGGGAGACGUAGACAUGGACCUCACCAAUUCGUCUCGGGACUUCGCAUUCUCAGCACCAAUAAUAAGCGCAACAACAGACUUUUUUGUUCCUACGGGCCUGCUCUCUGACGGAUUGGGCACAUCGGCAGGAUCCUUGGAUGUAUGCGGAGCGUGGCAAGGCUCCGCUGCUUCUGAAUCACAAUCCCAAGAUACGGAGUUCCCGGACGUGGACGAACUGCUGAGACCAUAUGGAAAUUCCGGUCCGUUCGCAGCUGCAACGUCGUCUACUGGCUCGCCGCCGAAUGUCAUACGUGCGUCCGAUCUGGACGGCAAGCCCGUGUACUUCAAACGAAGAUCUAAGGGUGAUCACAGCUCGGAGUCGUAUGCGAGCAGCAGCAACGCCACAGAGCGACCUUUCAGCAAAUUGUUGGACAUGCCCAUCCAUCGUCUAUUGGAUCAGCUCUCUGCAGAGACAGCCGCGCGGCUAUCAUGUCAAGAUGCAGAAGCAGCAGUGGCAGCAGCAGCGGGGCCGUCACAAGCAAAUUCGAGUGCAGAUGCCACGCUUUGGGUGGACCGCUAUCGUCCACGAAGGUUCACCGACCUGCUUGGCGACGACAGGGUGCAUCGGGAGGUCGUGGCGUGGGUGAAAGAGUGGGACUAUUGCGUGUUCGGGCGUAAUGCGCGAGGGCGGAAACGUCCGAGGGGGGAUGACGGCGAGAAUCUGGAUGAAUGGCGGCGACCGAAAGAAAAAAUUUUGCUCAUGUCGGGGCCACCAGGGAUGGGCAAGACGACGUUGGCACAUGUCGUGGCCAAACAUGUGGGAUACAGUGUCUUUGAGAUCAAUGCUAGCGACGCCCGGUCAGCCCAGGUUGUCGAGGAACGUUUGAAACCGGCCCUGGAAACCGGUUCUGCCGUCGGAAGCUCCAAACCCAUUCUGGUCGUCAUAGACGAGAUCGAUGGCGCAACUGGUGGCACGGACAGCUCAGUAGGCUUCAUCCAGAAGCUCAUCCAGCUGACCUUUGACAAACCAAGGAAGAAAGGUCGAAAAGCCGAUCUAAAGGCCGCUCGUCCCCUCCUUCGUCCAAUUAUUUGUAUCUGCAAUGACCUAUAUGCUAGUGCGCUCACGAAGCUCCGGCAACACGCGCGGAUAGUCCGAUUCUCGCGCCCGAACGACGUCCACCUCAUUCGGCGGCUGAGGGAGAUCUGCGAGAAUGAGGGUUUGCGCGCGGAGUCUCGGGCGUUGACAACGCUAGUGGGCGUCGCGCAGGGGGACCUGCGUGGCUGUCUCAAUAUGCUGCAGUUCAUCAAGGCACGCGGCAAAGAUGUCACAGAGCCUGUUGUGCGCGGUGCGACGAUGGGAAUGAAGGAAACCGAGGCAUCACACACGUCCGUCCUGAACGACCUCUUCGCACCCAUGUCGAAAAAACGCGUGAACGAUCUGGGCAUAAGCGAGGCGGAAGAAACACGAUAUGUUUCUCGCCUGUGUCGGGCAGUCGAGAGCAGUGGCGCGUUGGACAAGAUUGCACAAGGCUGCUUCGAGCACUAUGCGAACCUGCACCGUCAUGAUGCGAAUUUCUCGCGCUAUUUGAAGGCGAAUGUGUGGCUAACGUCAUAUGACAUGAUGUCCGGCGAGAUGCGCUCGGAGCGGGAGUAUGCGCUGCUGCAGUAUCUGCCAUACAUGCUCGUACCGUUCUAUCCGCUCUUCCAGGAGAGAGGCGCGACAAAGGUUGAGCGGCCGAAGGCUGACUGGGAGAGUUACCAAGUGACGAAGACGAACGAGGAGAUCUACAAGUCACUAUCGCGCUGUCUGCGGUGCGCUACCACUCGGUGCGGGGGCGACUUCCGGCACCUGGCUAGCGAUCAGAUUAUGCAGUUGGAGCUCGCGCCGCUCCUCAACAGGAUCAUCUCCCCUCCAGUGAAGCCGGUCAACCGCCAAGUGAUCCGCCCAGGAGAAAAGGCCGUCCUGUCCAGACUAGUCGACCUUAUGCUCGCGCUCGAGCUGCGUUUCGUGCAGGAGAAGAUGGAGGACGGGCAGCUUACGUACAGGCUCGACCCCCCGAUUGACGUCUUUGUGACCUACGAUGGCAAGCGCGCAGCGGACAUCGCAGUCUCGAAGUAUGCCGUUCGGCACAUCGUGGCGACUGAGAUUGAGGACCGGAUGGCUGCUUUGCAUAUUGACGGCGGCGAGAAGAGCAAGCCGAAGAAGGCUAACUUCUUUAAAGGAACGGCACGGGGACGAGAUGAAGAUGGCGAUAGCCCGGAUGCCGACAUGAACACCGCUUCGAACAAACGUGCACGGAAGGACAACGAACAGCCCAAGGAGAAGAUCGCAAGAGACUUCUUUGGGCGACCGCUUAAAGUGCCUGCGAGCGGCGUUGAUGGGGCAAACACAAAGCCCAUAAACACCAAGAGUGUACAGCAAUAUAAGAUAGCUUACCGUUUCAAAGAGGGUAACUCGGCCGCCGUACGCAAACCCGUGAAAGUUGGAUCGUUCUUGUAAUCCGUCGACCCAGUUUCAUUCGGCACCUCCUCACGCCUUCACAUGUGCAAUGCACUUUGACUUACCUCUACUACUUUGCACAAUAGAGCUCUGUCGAAUUGAAUGUGCAUCCGAUUGUGUACAACUUAGAUGGUUGCCAAGUUGUGGCCAGGGACCCUGUGGCUGCGAGCGCCAACGCCAC